CGCGACACUUGUCCGAGACGCGUCGCGCUCCUCUCCUCUAGAAAGUGUAUCCUCGCAACGAUUUCUUCAUAGAACCACGAGGAAUAUUUCAAUCGAACUCUCAACAAACCUUUCUUCGUCGAUCGAUCAUGGCUUCACACCUGCACCACAGGACACCGUGCGAUAAUCCUAUGGUGAUCCUCUGAUUCUAGGGUUGCUGGCAUUUUUGAAACUUUCUAGACCGUUUCAGUGAGGAACAGAGCUUUCUGUAGAGAUACGGAAAUAAGUCGGAGAAUUGAGUUUUAUUUUUCUAGUUACCUGCUGAAUUUUUGCAACUUGCUGUCAUCCAAAAAAUCCAAAAUGCAGGAAGUGAAUAAUUUCGUAAUGAUUCGUUGAAUUCCAAGAGAUCCCGAGCUUCUUGCGAUCCUGACAGGGGUCUGACUGUCUGGGGAAACAAAAUUUGAGACUUCUCAAAUUUUCUGCAAAUCCUUCGAUCAUGAAUGAUCCAGCCGAUUCAUCAAGGAAGAUUCCCAGCGAAGCGUAGGCUUCUGUGAUGAAGAAGAUCUGUCAAAGUAUCUCUCUUUGAUAGUCUUAAGAUAUAUUCAACAAACUGUUACCUGCCGAUUAUUAGCUGCGAAAAAUUGUUGUUAGACGAGAAGAUUCGUUAAAACAUCGAGUUUGAAGGGUUUAAGAGGAGUCAGACAGUAGCAGAUGAGGCCAAGUCCAGGCAAAUCUGUUACCAGGCUGAACAUUGAGCGUCGAGGGGCCUUGGCUCGUUUAAGCUGUAAUUGCCAAGCUGCUGUGUGCAAUUGGACCGUUUGUUCCUGUCGUGUGUCCGUGAUUGAUCCACAUUCCUCGUCCAGAUCAUCGCUUUCUUCUCUGCGGGUCAGCAUUCCUCGCAGUUUUGGCAUCCCAUUUCGCCAAAUGUACAUUUGCGCCGAAUUUUAACACUAUUCUUCGCACCAAGCUCUGCAGAGACUCUUCAAAGGCUCUUCAAGAGAAAGUAAAAUCAAAAGAAAACGCCUCGAAAGACCUCAAAAGACCAAAGAUUUUUUAGUUUCUGAUCGGCUAGAGCUAUCGAUCCUUUGAGUGACCAGGUGUGGAGGUGGGAAUUACGAGGAGGAUCUCGUGUGAAAUCUCGGAAAGGGACUGGAGUCUGAGUUUGGGAAACGGAGCAAGCAGUCGGUGAGGUUUCGCAAGGAUCUGGCAAGAAGGGAUAGUGAUGAAGCUGGAAAAGAACGCGGCAGAUCGGAUGGAUCUUCGUGGAAGAUUGAUCAGUCAGUCCGAUAAAACAGAGGGAAAAUCGUUGUGAAAGGGGCCUAAGAGUGCCGGGAAUCAAAAACCUGUCAAGAUCGAGCAUCGAGCGAAGGAUGAUGGCACCGCGAUAACGAGAUACCUGGAACUCGAUUUUGCGUCGUUUGCGAUAAUUAGCCCAAUUUCCUACAAUUUUUUCAUUGAUCCCUGACGAGGAGCAAGAUGGAGUAGCGGAGGACAGAGUUGAAUUGGUCGGAAGAGUUUUUCGACCGACACAGGCAAAGAAAGGGACGAUAUGGAGAAAUACGGCGUCGAGUUCCCGAGGCACGAGUGGAGCCACCGCCUCAGCCUUCGUGCAAGUCGAAGAAGUCACCAGGGCGAGGUGGCUACCAGAUCUGUAACCGGGUCCGUGAGAAGCACGCGAAGAUGGGCCAGCUUGCGACAGCACGUGAGCAACAGCGACGGUGGCAAGCCGAAGGUGGAGCUGUUGCUCGAUCCCCCGGGAUCCAAGUCCUCGACACCAUCUUCUCAACCGCAUACACCCAACACUCCUCGAACUCCUCAUACACCGCUGAGAAAAUCCAACUGGGAAGUGAUCGAGCACUUCACUGGCGCGCCACGUCCCUCCAUCGUCACGAUGAGCAGGGGAUCAGAGGUGGGAGUUGGGCUUAGAACCGGGAAAGAACCGGCACAGGAGGCGAACGUUAACGCGACGAUAACUCAGCCAGCGAGGAAAUGUGCGCUCUGCCGUUUUUUGAAGUCGCUGUGCGCCUCUCACCGCUUCAAAAACUUGCAGGUGGAAAUGCUGUAUCAACGCUACUUUCUCAGGAUGAACCAAAGCAACAUGACACACGUUCUCGGCUUACUAGCGGGGCUGGCGUUUGCCCUAGGUAUGCUUCUGAUGCUGAGACUCGUUGUAGAAGACAGCCAACAAUUCCUUGCCACUUUAGAGAGGCCAGAAAACCUGUCGCUAGCAGUGACGCUGGUCGUCUGCGUCGCAAUUUAUGCUGCCUUGGUAGCAGCGAUAUCCAGGCCUGGGAUGAAUGAAAUCUGGUUAGCCGGCGUGAGUGGAAUAGUCCUGGUGACUCUACUAGCUGUGCAAGUGGCUUUGAAUGUACAUCUGGCGCUCGGAUCAAAGGAACAUCGUAGCGGAGGUCCUUUGGCUGCAGUGUGGGCUGUGUGCUUCUUCAUUUACAUGGCGUACGCACUUCUGCCCAUAAGGCUGCGGCACGCGUGCAUCGCUGGUUUCAUUUUCUCGCUGGCGCAUCUGAUCGGAGCAUUCGUCCUCUACCCUUCGCAAUAUCCUGCCAUGAUGGAACACCUGUUAAGCUCUAUCGUGGUAGUGGGUGGGACAAAUAUGGCAGGCGUUUUGACGCAUCAUCCCCGCGAACUGGCACAGAGGCAAGCCUUCCUGGAAACCAGGCAAUGCGUCGAAGCUCGAUUGACUACACAGAGAGAAAAUCAGCAACAGGAACGGCUUCUAUUGAGCGUGUUACCACGCCACGUAGCCAUGGAGAUGAAGGCAGACAUCGCAGGGAAGCCGAAAGAUACCAUGUUUCACAAAAUUUACAUUCAAAGGCACGAGAACGUCAGCAUCCUGUUCGCUGAUAUCUGCGGGUUUACUUCGUUGUCGGAUCAGUGCACUGCCGAGGAAGUCGUCAGGCUGUUAAAUAAGCUGUUUGCCUGCUUCGACACGCUGGCGGCUGAGCACCAUUGUCUUCGAAUCAAACUACUCGGCGACUGCUAUUACUGUGUCUCUGGACUUCCGGAACCGAGACCAGAUCACGCUCGUUGUUGCGUGGAAAUGGGUUUGGACAUGAUUAGCGCCAUUACUUUAUAUCGAGAGGUUGGUGCGGUGAACGUGAACAUGAGAGUGGGGAUACACACAGGCAGAGUUCAUUGCGGGGUCCUUGGCUUGAGGAAGUGGCAGUUCGACGUCUGGAGCAACGACGUCACCCUGGCCAACUACAUGGAAAGCGGCGGAAUACCGGGACGAGUGCAUAUCACGAAAGAAACACUCGACUGUCUUGAUGGUGUCUAUGAGGUGGAAGAGGGUCAUGGGGGUGAGAGAAACGCGUAUCUGAAGGAGCACGAUAUCAAAACCUACCUAAUUGUCCCUGGAGACACGUAUAAGGGUAACUUACCCUCGUCUGGGCUGAGGAAAGGUCUGCCAGCGAAUGGCAACGUAUCGAAAGAGAUGAGAGUGAUGGGACACGGCUCGCAACACGGAAAACAGAACAAAUUAGGGUUUGGCGAGACGACCGAGGCGAAAAAGGACCCGGAGGACGAGGUGAACGAGUACCUGAUGAGAGCAAUCGACGCCAGGAGCAUAGAUCGAUUAAGAGCGGAAUAUUGCACGCCCUUUGUUCUAACUUUUCGUCUGCCUGACGUCGAAGGGAAGUAUUCGCGCGAAAGGGACAGGAUGCUCUCGGCAUAUUUCGUCUGUUCCGGCUUCGUCUACAUGGUCGUCGUGAUUGCUAUAGCGAUCACUCUACGAGGGAGUGGAUACUUUUACACUUGUGUGGCAGUGAGCACGUUGCUCAUCGCCACAAUCAAUGGGAUUCUACUGGCAGAGAAGAACGAGAGAGUGCCACGGUAUCUGCGAGAUUUUGCGGUGCACGUGUUCGAGAAUCGAGGAGUCGCUCAGGUGUUAGCUACGUGUGUCGUGUUUCUCACUUUCGCCACAGCUUUAUCACCGUUGGUAACACUGGAAGAUGGUCACGUGUGUGGGAACGUGACGUCUUCAUUGACCGAGUGGCCAGAUAAUUCAAGCGUAACGUUCCAGAGUAUCGACACGCCCGUCGAUGUUUGCUAUUACACUGUCUUUGCUGACCUUUUUCCGGUACUAGUGAUGCUAGUUAUGAUAACCUGCGCUGUCUAUCAGAUUUUAACAUCGGUGUUCAAAGUAGCUAUACUAAGCCUAGUAGUCGCUUGCUAUUUAUCCAUCAGCAUCUACGAAGCUAUACACGAAAGAGAUGUAGAAUUGACUGGAAGAUGGUUAGCGGGUGUUCUGGUCAUUUUCUUUAUGACGUGUCUCAUUGCCCAUUCCCAACACACAGAAGCUACUUACAGGUUGGACUUCUUGUGGAAGUUGCAAGCAACCGAGGAGAAAGAAGAAAUGGAGCACCUGAAAGCCUACAACCAAAAGCUGCUGGCCAACAUACUUCCGGAACAUGUGGCUGCCCACUUCUUAUCUACGGUUAAUUCAGACGAAUUGUACCACGAGCAGUGCGACUUCGUUUGCAUAAUGUUCGCCUCGAUACCUAACUUUUCCGAGUUUUACGUGGAGCUCGAGGCGAAUAACGAGGGCGUCGAGUGUCUCAGGCUGUUGAACGAGAUCAUCGCCGAUUUCGACGAGCUUCUAGCCGAAGAGCCGUACAAAUACAUCGAGAAGAUCAAGAGCACUGGUGCCACGUACAUGGCAGCAUCCGGAUUAACAAAGAACACCUGCGACAUGAAAGAUUACAAACACGUGACCGCGAUGGCAGACUACGCGCUCAGGAUACGCGAACAGCUGGCGUCUGUUAAUGAACACAGCUUUAACAACUUCCGGUUGCGUGUGGGCAUCAAUAUUGGACCGGUCGUCGCCGGGGUGAUAGGCGCCCGAAAGCCGCAGUACGAUAUUUGGGGUAACGCGGUAAAUGUGGCCUCGAGGAUGGAGUCUACAGGCGUGUUGGAUGGGAUUCAGGUCACCCAGGAAGUUCGCGACAUCCUAAUCGCCAAAGGAUAUCCGCUCACCUGUCGUGGUACCAUUCAGGUGAAAGGCAAGGGUAGCAUGGUCACUUAUUUCCUGGAUGGUCCUCGUGAGCCAACCAAGGCCAACAAUAUCUACAGCAAUAGCAACGAGGAGAAGAUCAGCUCUGUGACGAAUGGUAAUUUCGAUGGACCUGUCUCGCCUACCACCGACGUCUGAACCAGUUUUUUAUCUCGCAUGGUCCAUAGGGACCGAGAGAGAAUUUAUGGAACGAGAACAACAUUUUUCUUUAGGGGAAAAAAUAUUCCUAUUUUCCGGAUAUGUGAAGAAUUUUCGAACGGCGAAAAGUGAUGGUAAAUGAGAAAAGGAUACGCUGUCUUUUGGGUGAAAUGGUCAGCUUUUGGAUUCAGCUUCUUAAUCUUUGCUGAAGCAAAAAAAAAAAAAAGAAAAGGAAUCCAAAAGCAGAUAAAGAAAAUGCAAAAUUACGCGGAGGAAAUCAAACGGACUUUCAGAGGAAAUUCAAA